AUGAGCGAACCUUUAAACGAAAUCACUGAAACUGAAAUCGAAUCCAACUGGGAUGAAGUUGUCGAUAACUUUGACAACAUGAACUUGAAGACUGAACUUCUCCGUGGUGUUUACGCUUAUGGUUUUGAACGUCCUUCUACUAUUCAACAACGUGCUAUUAUGCCAGUUGUCAAGGGUCAUGAUGUGAUUGCUCAAGCUCAAUCUGGUACUGGUAAGACUGCCACUUUCUCGAUCUCCAUCCUUCAAUCAAUUGAUGUAUCCUUGAAGCAAACUCAAGCUCUUAUUCUUGCCCCUACCCGUGAAUUGGCCCUCCAAAUCCAAAAGGUUGUCUUGGCUCUUGGUGACUUUAUGGGUAUUGAAUGUCAUGCUUGUAUUGGUGGUACUAAUGUCCGUGAAGAUAUUGCCAAGCUUCAAUCUGGUGUUCAUAUUGUUGUUGGUACUCCUGGUCGUGUUUUCGAUAUGAUUCAUAACCGUCGUGCUUUCAAGACUGAUGCUAUGAAGAUGUUCGUUUUGGAUGAAGCUGAUGAAAUGUUGGCUCGUGGUUUCCGUGAACAAAUUUAUGAUGUUUUCCAACUUUUACCUGGUAGUACUCAAGUUGUCCUUUUAUCUGCCACUAUGCCCGCUGAUGUAUUGGAAGUCACUACCAAGUUCAUGCGUGAUCCCAUCCGUAUCUUGGUCAAGCGUGAUGAAUUGACCUUGGAAGGUAUCAAACAAUUCUACAUUGCCGUCGACAAGGAAGAAUGGAAAUUGGAUACUCUCUCCGAUUUGUAUGAAACUGUUACUAUCACCCAAGCUGUUAUCUUCUGUAACACCCGUAGAAAGGUUGACUGGCUUACUGACAAGCUCCAUGAACGUGAAUUCACUGUUUCCGCUAUGCAUGGUGAUAUGGAUCAAGCUCAACGUGAUGUUAUUAUGAAGGAAUUCCGCUCCGGUUCUUCUCGUGUUUUGAUCACUACUGAUUUAUUGGCUCGUGGUAUUGAUGUGCAACAAGUGUCUUUGGUUAUCAACUACGAUCUUCCUUCCAACCGUGAAAAUUAUAUCCACAGAAUUGGUCGUGGUGGUCGUUUCGGUCGUAAGGGUGUUGCUAUCAACUUUGUGUCCAAUGAAGAUGUCCGUAUGAUGCGUGAUAUUGAACAAUUCUACAACACUCAAAUCGAAGAAAUGCCUUUGAACGUUGCCGAUUUGUAA